CUCUAGCCGUCGGGUGUGCGGGGCGGGCUCUCAGUGGUGCGGCCGGCGGGCGGCGAUGGCGGCCGUGCGGGGCCUGCGAGUGUCGGUGAAGGCGGAGGCCUCGGCGGGGCCGGCCCUGGGGCUCCCGUCGCCUGAGGCGGAGUCCGGUUUGGAGCGUGGCGAGCCGGAGCCCAUGGAGGUGGAGGAGGGCGAGCUGGAGAUGGUGCCGGUGCGGCGCUCGCUGAAAGAACUGAUCCCGGACACAAGCAGAAGAUAUGAAAACAAGGCUGGCAGUUUCAUCACUGGAAUUGAUGUCACCUCCAAGGAAGCAAUUGAAAAGAAAGAACAACGAGCCAAGCGCUUCCAUUUACGAUCAGAAGUAGAUCUUGCCCAAAGAAAUAUAGCCUUGGACCGAGACAUGAUGAAGAAAGCAAUCCCCAAAGUGAGACUGGAGACAAUCUACAUUUGCGGAGUAGAUGAGAUGAGUACCCAGGAUAUCUUUUCCUAUUUUAAAGAAUAUCCUCCAGCUCACAUUGAAUGGUUGGAUGAUACCUCCUGUAAUGUGGUUUGGCUGGAUGAAAUGACAGCCACACGAGCCCUUAUCAAUAUGAGCUCUCUGCCAGACCUGGAUAAGAUAAGAAGCAGGGAUGCCAAUGAGGACAAGUCAUCUGAGAAAAGCAAAAAAGACAAGCAGGAAGACAGUUCAGAUGAUGAGGCUGAAGAAGGAGAAGUUGAAGAUGAAAACUCAAGUGAUAUAGAGUUGGAAACAUUAUCUCAGGUAGAAGAAGAGUCUCUGCUAAGAAACGAUCUUCGUCCAGCUAAUAAACUUGCUAAAGGAAAUAAGUUAUUCAUGAGAUUUGCUACAAAAGAUGACAAAAAAGAACUUGGAGCAGCCAGAAGAAGUCAGUAUUACAUGAAAUAUGGGAAUCCAAAUUACGGAGGCAUGAAAGGAAUUCUUAGUAAUUCUUGGAAGCGAAGAUAUCAUUCCCGUCGCAUUCAGCGGGAUGUGAUCAAGAAGAGAGCCAUGAUUGGGGAUGAUGUUGGCUUGACGUCCUAUAAACAUCGACAUUCCGGACUAGUGAAUGUUCCUGAGGAACCCAUUGAAGAAGAGGAGGAGGAGGAGGAGGAGGACCAGGACAUGGAUGCUGACGACAGGGUGGUAGUAGAGUACCAUGAGGAGCUCCCAGCUCUCAAGCAGACCCGGGAGCGGAGCUCAUCCAGGAGGUCCAGUGCCAGCAGCUCAGACUCCGAUGAAAUGGACUAUGAUCUAGAACUGAAAAUGAUUUCCACUCCUUCACCAAAGAAAAGCAUGAAAAUGACUAUGUAUGCUGAUGAAGUGGAAUCUCAGUUGAAAAAUAUUAGGAACUCCAUGAGGUCAGAUACUAUAUCAACAAGCAAUAUCAAAAACCGAAUCGGUAACAAAUUGCCACCUGAGAAAUUUGCAGACGUCCGACAUUUAUUAGAUGAGAAACGUCAGCACACACGCCCACGGCCGUCAGGCAGCAGCACUGCAUCAGGUAGUUUAUGGACUCGCUUAGGAUCUGCAUCCAAGACCAAAGAAAAGAACACGAAGAAAGUGGAUCGUAGGGCCCCUGGCACUGAGGAAGAUGACUCCGAGCUGCAAAGGGCAUGGGGGGCUCUGAUUAAGGAGAAAGAACAGUCUCGCCAAAAGAAGAGCCGUUCAUCCAAAGAGCAGAGAACUGAACUUCUCACUAUUGCCUUGGCCCUGACAGCUGUUACCAGCACCCUUUUCCCAAGAAAAGUCAAUUCCCAGGUGCUUAUUGGACAGCCUUCGAGGGGGAAGAUGAGGGAAGCUGCCAGCUCACUCUUCCAGGACCCUAGUGUGGGGGCCGAAUCCCAUGGACCUGACCUCAGAGGUGCACCAGUGCUGCCCAGGUAGAUCACAGACACAGCGUCGGUCGUGCUUCCGUUCCUCCUGGAGAUACCUGUUAGGGACCUCUUGUUAGCACUCGGCUUGCCGUGAAGAUCAAGUUCAGUACUGGGGGAUUUUUAGGAACAAAAAACUGUGACUUCUGGAUUUGGGAUGGAUUUUUUUGUGCUAGGGGUGGGGUCAUGGGGUAAUGUUGAACAAUUUCUAAGUCUGUAUUAUGUUUAAAAAAUAUUAAUGAUUUAAGGUUUAAAUUUUUAAUUUUUAUAUGUGAAAAUACUUCCUGUUGGCUACCAGGGAAGCUCAAGUGGUGUCUAAUGUGCUGUUAAAUAUAUAUUAUAUACUUUGGAAGAAGGCAAAGAGAGGAGUCUCAUUAUUUUUAAAUAUCCUAAUUGUAUUGUCUGUUGUACAUAGAGUUCAGCUUGCCUUGGGCCACUGUAGGAAAACAUCCACCCGUCUGAGAUGGGGUUCUGUUGUUCAUUAUCCCUUGAGAAGAAACGCAUUGACCUUUUUUCUGACACCUGGAGACAUCUUCCAAACUGGCAAAUGACAUAGUUAUAGAAAUUUUGUUCAUUUAUUUCUAGUUUUAGUUUGAUUAUUUUAACUAAAGGGCAGUAGAUUAGUUUGUUUUCCUGUCUGAUUUUUAUUUUGAAGUACUUAAUGUUUGCAUUCCUCUGCAGCUUAAAAAGGGUGUUUCACUUCAGUUCACCAGCACCUGGGAGUUAGGGUUAGUGAAGCCUUGUCCCUUUUGUGAUGUCACAACUCUCCACCUGCCGGGAGCGUCCCAGUCCCCGGUGCAGCCCUGCAUUCUAGAGCUCCUCCCUGUCUUGUGGCUGAGUUCAUUAGUGUUCCCUGGAGAGCUGAUCGAGUGCAGACACUGUUGUUAAUCAAGUAAAGGGCUGCAGCAAAGCCUGCACUGUCUGUAUUUUGUUGCUUGACCUGCUUUUUUCUCUCCCUUUAGAAAGAUUAGAACAGGCCCAUGAUACGUUUCACCUUCCUAAUAGGAUUCUAGGAAAGAGAUAGUUUAGGCUUCUCUGCCGGUUGAGACCUAAGGUUUCUAAGGCUCCUCAGCUCUCUUGCUCUUUGAAGCACCCUGAGCCAGGUUCUUGAGGGCUUGGGAGUUGAUGGAGUGAGAACCCCUGGCUGUGUUCCAUGACCUGGGCCUUGGUUUCCCCAUUUAGCAAAUGAAUGGGCUGGAACCAGAGCUUCUGGCUUUGUUGGUGUGUCUCAGUGGUGUUUGACUUUUUGCCCCAGUUAUGGCUGCAGUAAGCUGGCCAGCACUGGUUUCUGUUGCAGGCAGGGGAAGGGUCAAGGAGUCAACUGAGGUUGUGGACGGGGACUUACCCCAUCCAUUCCGGUCUCUGGGUGGGACAGAGUCUCUGUGGCCAGGGUCCCAACUGACACGGUCUCUGUAGUUUCAGAAAGUGCCCUCUCCUAGGAUUUCCUUUGGGUUUCCCCGCAGCGGUGCAGGCCCAUCUGUCCCAGGGCCUUUUGGUCCUCCCAGUCGCCGGUAGAGACCAGGGAAGACUUUCAGGUGAGUGGUGGUUUGUAGUCAAAACCGGGUCUUUGACUUAGCCAAGGAAAGUGCCCACUUUAGCAGCUUGGCAAUUCUCACAAACACACAGAACCCAGAAAAGGAUCUUCAAAGAUUUUCAGUGUAUUUCUGAAAGUUAUUGGUCUCAACCUCUCUUGCUCUCCAGCCUGUACUCAGAUACUCCGAUUGUGCAAUAUCUUAGGCGUGCCCCGAGUGCCCAGGCCCUUCCUUUGGAGUUUGGGAGUGAAAAUGGACAGUCAGGACAGUCCCCUGGCAGGAGCUCAGUGGGCUUUUACACAGAGCACUUCAUGGACGUGGGCAGCAGGACUACGCACUUUUCAGAUUUCUCUUCGUCUUUAUACGUACAAGAUUUUAAAUACAUUUUUGCUGCUUGAUAAUAAUUAGAUACCUCAUUUCUGUUUCCCACUCUACCUCUUGGGAGAGGUACCAGCUACCCAGGGGAACUUGCAGAGGCUCCACAGAUGUACACUCUCCUCAUCUGGCCUUGUCUAGUUCAUUCCUUGAAUCCCUCCCCGAAGUUCAACCACUGUCUCCCGCUCCAUCUCCAUAGCAGCUCUUCACUGGUCUCUGCCCCAUCUCUCCCUCUCUCUUCUGCACCAUACCCAGGGUGAACUCUUGUUGUUAGCAGUUUAUUGACAUAUAAUUUAUGUAUUGUGCACGUCAGUGGCUUUCUGUAUAGUCACAGAGAAGUGCAGCCGUUGUCAUAAUCAAUUUUAGAACAUUGCGUCACUAAAAAGAAACCUUGUACAUUAGCAGUCACUCCUCAUUCCCUGUCCCCCUCCCCCCAGCAACCACUGUUUCUGUUGCUAUGGAUUUGCCUAUUCUGCACAUUUCCUAUAAAUGGAAUCAUACACUUUAUAUGAUUCAUGACUGGCUUCUUUCAUUAAACAUAUUUUCAAGUUUCAUCCAUGUUGUAGCAUGUAUCAGUACUUUAUUUCCUUCUGUUGCUGAAUAAUAUUCCAUUUUGUGGCUGUACCACACUUUUAUCUAUUCACCUGUUAAUGGACAUUUGGGUUGUUUCUGCUUUGAGACUAUUCUGAAUAGUGCUCCUAUGAACAUUUAUGUACAAGUUUUAUGUGGACAUAUGUUUUCGUUACUCUUGGGUUAUAUACCUAGAAGUGGGAUUGCUGGGUCAUAUUGCAACUCUGUCUUUAACCUUUUGGAGAACUGCCAGGCUGUUUUCCCAAGUGGUUGCAUCAUUUUUCAUUCCCCCCAGCAAUAUACAAGGGUUCCAGUUUUUCUACAUCUUUGACAGCAACUUAUUUUCUGAUAUAAAUUGGUAUCUUGUGGUUUUGAUUUGCAUUUCCCUGAUGACUACAGAUGUUGGCUAUCUUUUCAUGUGCUUCGGGAUGAACUUUCUGUUAUUUCUCUGCUUAAGACCUUUUCCAAAGCGUCGCCAUUGCCCUUGGAAUAAAUCCCAAACUCCUCUGAUACUCA